UUUGUAUCACCACGGUGGGAGCGCUGCAGUGGGGAGGGAACGGAGUGAGUAUGGAACCACGCCAUAAAAGGUCAUUGCGCUUUUCCUCGCAGUUUUGCGCUCAUUCUUAGUAAUUGUUUCAGUUUGAAAGCCAUUGAAAAUGAAGUUCACAGGUGAUGUAACAAAAUAAACAAUGUUUGUGUUUAUCCAUAGAUUUACACAUAUCAGGUAUGGAGGAACUGGGUCGUCAACAUGAAUUUUGAUACUGCUGAUGAAGCCAACUUCUGGAGUAACCGUUCCUCGGAGCUGUACUCGGAGACACAGGCACCGUUAUCUGCAAAAAAAUCCAACUUUACCACAGUGAAUGACACAGACACGAGUCCGCUGGACCUUACCCGAGCCGUGCCCGUUGGUAUAGUUCUGGGCGCGUUCAUUCUGUUCGCAAUCGUGGGCAAUAUACUCGUAAUACUUUCCGUUGUGUGCAACAGACACCUGCGCAUCCCAACAAACUAUUUCAUUAUCAACCUAGCCAUUGCGGACCUGUUGCUGGGUACCACAGUGCUGCCCGUGUCCGCAACAUUGGAGAUUCUUGACUACUGGGUAUUCGGGAGGAUAUUCUGUGACAUCUGGGCAGCAGUGGACGUGCUAUGUUGCACUGCUUCCAUUAUGAGCCUGUGCGUAAUAUCCAUAGACCGUUAUAUAGGCGUGCGCUACCCACUGCAGUACCCCUGUAUAGUAACGGAGAAAAGAGCCCUUUUGGCCAUGCUCGGUGUUUGGGUUCUCGCUACCGUCAUCUCCAUCGGACCUCUGCUCGGGUGGAAACAACCACCCUCAAAUGACGACACCAAUUUGCCCCAUCACCGAAGAGCCCUUUUACGCACUGUUCUCGUCAUUGGGUUCAUUUUACAUACCUCUAGCUGUCAUCCUGUGCAUGUACUGUCAGGUUUAUGUAGUUGCCAAACGAACCACUAAGAACUUGGAGGCGGGGGUCAUGAAAGAGCACAUGGACUCGAAUGAGCUCACGCUCAGGAUCCACUGCAAAAACGCACAGCUGCAGGAAUACUGCGGCGCAGGCAAGGGCCAGACACGGAGCACUCUGACCGUCAAACUGUUCAAGUUCUCCCGAGAGAAGAAAGCUGCCAAAACUCUCGGUGUCGUGGUGGGCAUGUUUAUUCUCUGCUGGCUGCCAUUCUUCCUCGUGCUGCCCAUCGGUAGGUUUGGAGUUUUGUUGAGCAAACUGUUGUCACCAUUCCCCCCCUAGUUGCAUUAGGUUAAAUUUAACCACAUAACUGUUAGAUAGAUAGGACACUGAAUGCAUUCAUUCUGUUUUACAAAUAAACCUUGAAAAUGAGUGUGGUCACCAGGCACGAGCACAGAAGGGCUCUACCUGUGCAGAGCACAUGCCCCUUUGCCCUUCCGGUCUCCAAAGUGCCCUUUUGGGUGGUGGUAUAAUUUCCCCCCAAAAUAUGUUUUUUGUAUACAUUCGUUGUCAUUGUUGUUCGGAACCCACUUCCUGCAAGUAAUCAACUUCGCCACCCCCCAACCCUAUCUGUUGGUUGUGCCUGUUGAUCGUUGUUGUCCUUCCGCGUAACUUUACACACAGACAAUGUCAGCUAAACAUAGAAUGAAGAUGUUUAUCUGUCUCUCUGUGGAAAAACUUCAUCGUUGAAUAUAAAUAGCCUAAAAAGUUCGCUAUGUUAUAAACAAGCGAAGCAAGGCCAUAUUUUUUUUAAAUUAAAAGCAAGAUAACUGAAUUAUAUAAAGUUAGAUUAUGAAGCUAAAUAUUGACAUCACUUUCAUGUAGGCCUAUGUGCAAUCGAUAGACCUACCUAGUUAAACCACUAGGCUACAUCUGAGGCGCUACAAUGUUCUUAUCUAUUAGGCCUAUAGGCUACUAUUAUCUAAAAGCUACGCAUUUCACUGUAGCCUAACCAAUAACCUAAAGGUCAACAUAUUAUGUAUAUUGCUUAGCUUGCUACUUCAUGUUUAAUUAUUUUAAUUAUUUUAAUUGUUUAAGUAUUUAAUUGUAGAAUAUCUGUAGCCUAGGCCUACUUUAAGCUCAAUUCCUGCCUGACGUUAGACUACAAUGAUUUGUUGAGCAAAAUUUGCGAAAACCAUUGUCAUCAUAUCCUGUUUUUAGGUCACAUUGAUAUUUUUAUAGCAAAUGAGGGAAUUAGUGACUUUUACAGUUUACACAAACUGAAGAUAUGUAGAAUUUACAUAAACCAACAUUGCAUACAAAAUAGCACAAGAAAACACUUAGAGUACAUAACACAUGGCAAACAUAAUGCAAACACUUCAAUACAUAAUAGGCUACAGAACAUUUCUUCUCUUAAUUCGAAAACUGUAUUGUGUAAAAAAAAAAAAAUAUGGAUAAAAAAAGAUUGCUUUGAAGAGCCAUAAAUCAUGUAAGAGCUACAGUGUGCUCUUUGGCCUAUAUACUGGAAUCAUUUUCAGCACGGGACAGCUCCUGUAUAGACCGUUCAGUUUCAGAUUGUAACAAGUGCACUACGUGGUGUUUUGGGAAACGGGUGUGACAUCUUCGGCCGUUAUUUUUAGGAUGCAUCAUUAAAACACUCGUAAGCCUGAAUUCCAUCGCUAACGGGAUUCGGGAAACCGGGCCCUGGCCUUUGUCCCAGUCUGCCCUGUACGGGGAUUGCGCACGCCCGGUAUCCAAACAUGCAGCUUGAGAGAUGCGGUCACUGUCCGAGUGUGUGCAGCUAGCUGCCUCGUAUAAAUAUCAGCAGUACUGCCACAACAGCAUUAUAUUUGAUUAAUACUUGAUAACACUUCAUUUAGCCUACAUCAUUCGGUCUGGUUGGCUGAUAUGCGCAGCCGAGAGAGGCAAAAAGACAGAGGUAGGCCAAAUCUCAAUCAGUAAAAGAAGCUAGCUAGCAGAUCAACAUCAGUCAGCUGAUAGCCCACCCUCUUUUACCGAUGUCAAUCAUGUCUUUAGGAUGCACUGUAACUAGGUUGCUUACAAUUUGCGAUGAUGAGAGAAUGUUUUUUUUUAUUUUUUUUAUCGUUACAGGGAUUUGGUAUGUUAUGAAUUUCGAGUUAUGAUGUAUGAAAGUAAAACAAAAAAUCAAGCAGGGUGCCCUUUUUUCAUUUUGAGCACCUGCCCCCUGAAAGGUCUGUGCAUGGCCCUGUGUGUGUGACAUGAAAGGACAGCAUCUAUCUGUACAUGAUAUUCUCUGCUAGUGACCUCCAACACACAUGCUUAUCACUCUCACACAAGCACACAGGCAUAUACACACACACAGUCUCUCUCUUUCCCUCUCUCUCUCUCUGACACACACACACAGAUCAUAUGUUUUCCACGUACAGUAUGCCAAUAAUGUAGAGUUUUCAUAAGUCUGAUGGUAGUCGUGUCAAAAAUGAAAUUAUUUGGUUAGGCAGAAAAGGGUUUAAUCAGACGCAGUAGGUCUACACCCUUGCCAAAACGUGAACGUGGGGCAUGACAGUCAAAUACAACUUCCUUUUAGUAUCAAAAUAUUAACUUUUCCAUUCAUUAACUUGCCAAAAAUGUUAUGAUUGAAAAAUACCAUACUUCCCAGCCAGUGGCACCAUAAUUGGGGUAGCUAGGUCAUAGCAUAAGGGUGCUUGCAAUCUGGUGUAUUAAUACAUUAUUUAUUGUGGGUGUUUUAGCACCGGCAAGCCUCUCUCUUGAGCUUCCCAUGUUCCCAGCACCUCUUAAAUCAAGCGAGCAACACAUUACACAUCACAGUGGAUUCCUCCUACAUCUGUUGUUGACAUGGCAAAGUUCAGAGAGAUGAAACAGACUUUUAUACAUUUUUUUUUUUAUUUUUUUUAUUGUCAUUUAGCAGACACUCUUAUCCAGAGCGACUUACAGGAGCGAUUAGGGUUAAGUGCCUUGCUCAAGGGCACAUCGACAGAUUUUUCACCUAGUCGGCUCGGGGAUUAGAACCAGCGACCUUUCGGUUAUUGGCACACCGCUCUUAACCACUAAGCUACCUGCCGCCCAUGUCCUUACCAUCCCCCGCCCUCUAUAUUUACAGAAUUAUGCCAACCCUGAAUACCGUAUCCAUUUAGAAAUGUAUACCGUAGCAUGCUCAUGCUCUUUGAAAGUCUCAUUUCCAAAUCUCAGGCCCAUAAUCUUAAUUCUCUCCAUAUGGUCUUCACACAGUUAACUGGACAUUUUUAAUUUCAAUUCUGUAAAGCAAAAAGUCAAUAGGCCUAUACCACUAGGAGAGUAUAUAAAUACAGGAGCUACUAUAUUUUCAAUGAUUGAUUAUCGGUAUACUAAUUAUUCUGUGCUUUUACUAAACCAGUGUGUCCAUCACAUAAAUAAAUCCUGAAUUAUUUUUUCAAGGCUGAUAUUUUUUCAGUCAUGACCGUGCGUGAGAUAACAGAAAUGGUCAGUUUUGUGGUGAUAAUCAGGUUAUUUUGCUUUGCUCAAAUUACCCAGAGUGAUAAUGUCCAAUUGUGGCUCUCUAUUGGUUCCUGAGGCCUCCUCAGGGUGUGAUAGAAACUGUCUGUGUGGAUGACAGAGAUGGAGACAUAUACACACUGAGCAGAGCGGUGACCUAGCCUGGCCACACCAUGGAGGCACUGUGUAGAGGAGAAGGAUGACGGUUAGUGAAGAUCACACAGAGUAAUUGAUGGUGCACAAUCAGACAGUGCUUUGGGUAGAAGCCUUGUUAGUCAAGUUCAAGUUUCACGUUUUUAUUGUCACGUGCACAGUACAGUGAAAUGCCUUUCUUGCUUGCUCAUUGCGGUAAUCAAUAUCAGUAGUACUAUAAAAAAUCAAUACAAAUAGUCAAGUAGAACAAAAACACACGAGAAAUAGAAAUAAGAACACGAGAAAGUUAGUAAGCUAUAUACAGGGUCAGUUCCAGGGUCAGUGCCAAUACCAUAUUUACAAUAUGCAGUCUACUGGAGUGGUAGAUAUGUAUAGGGCUAAGGUCACUAUAGGCAUCAGGAUAUUUGAUAAACUGAGUAGCAGCAGCGUAUAUGAUGAUUGUAUGUGAGUGUGUAGAGUCAGUAUGAAUGUGUGUGUUAUGUGUGAGCAAACUAACCUUUAAGUCAUUUAGCAGACGCUCUUAGCCAGAGCGACUUACAGGAGCAAUUAGGGUUAAGUGCCUUGCUCAAGGGCACAUCGACAGAUUUUUCACCAGCGACCUUUCGGUUACUGGCACAACGCUCUUAACCACUAAGCUACCUGCCGCCCUGUGUGAGCCUGUUUGUUUUGGAGUGUCAGUGUGAGUGAGUGUGCAGAGUGCGCGUAGAGUGUGUAGAGUGACUGCUGCAGACGUCUGUGUGUACCAUACGGCACCCUGUUGGACCCUCAUCCAGACACUCGGGGACUUCUAUUAAAGAUAAUACAAAUGUAAUUGGUUUGAAGGAUUACAGCGGUCCUGACAUUGGUUGUAAUUUCCUCCUACGGUUUUUGGAAUAGGAUGUCUGAUAUAUUUGUUAUGAGUCCUGGAAGCAACAAUAAGCCCUGAAUAGCCCUGUCUUUGCUAUCUCUGCCCUCAAAAUGCUUUGAGACUGCCAGUAUAUCAGUGAUAUUAUCUACAUUAUAUUAAAACGACAUAAUUUGUUACAUCACCUGUUAUUUUUAUAAUUAAAGAAUGGAGAAUGGGGGCAGUAAUUAUCCCAGUUAUGCAAUAAAGCCCUAGAUAUAAACAGUAAUAAUUGGCAUAUAAAUGGUGUUUUCAUUAGAAAUGAAUGGGAGUCCUUACAAAGCACUCUCUUAGACGAAUUGGAUAAGAAAAUAGCUGGGUGAAGAAUUCUUGGUGUUCAUAGAUGCCCACAUUCGACAGACUUGUUGCUAUUGCAACUGCCAGGAUUUUAAAUCAUCUUUGUGAGAGCUUUUGCAGAUUGUGUUUGACGAUAGUGCCACUUUUCACUGCUAAUGUAAAUUGUGCAAUUCUCAAACUCUCUGCCUUGACCCGCCAAAGGCAUGUUUUGUUUUUGUCACCCGACAAACUAUAGUGCUCUGUGGUCUAUUGUGUCUGUAUUUUACGGCUUGUCCUCUGGCGGAGGUGGUGAACAAUAGAAGGAUAGAUUUUAUGGGACAAACAGGAAACAGCAUUUGUUCAAUCGAACACUGAUGGUGGUGAUCAGUAUAGCGGUUGAGGGCUUUAGCUUUUUUAGUCUCAGAACUCACCAGAUGAACCAAAACAUUACCUGGUAAAGAUCUUGACCCUCCAAUGAUUGUUGCUUUCCAUGUUAUGUAACCAAUAUUAACUAUUUUACCAAGGUUACAGUUAAAUGCAUGUGGACAGUAAUAUUGCAUUCCCACCAUAUUUAAUAGAUGUUUCCCAGAAUGUUUGAGAUUAGUUCAUUUAUCAACCCAAAUUCUCCAGUGAGCUGGACCUUGAGCGUGAUAUGAUGGUGAUGGGUUCCUGAUGCUUCUAGAAGGCAGGGGGCAGGAUUGCAGUGGGAAUGCCAGGGUGCUCAUACAGUAAGUCCCACUGACUAUCAUACCUCUUAAGCCCUCUUUAAAAAUGGCUUUAGACAUGAUAUAUUCCAUGCUUUUGUCCAUUCAUGUGUGUAUGGAGCUGUCCAAGGGCAUUACGUUCCCAGGUAGAUCUCAGGGUCUUUUGUAGAUUCCUUGCCUACACUAUCAUAAUCAGGUAUGUGUUAGCAAACAUGCCCAAACCAGAAAAUAGAUAAAUCCCUCCAUAUACACAUUAACUGCUCCUUGCUGAAUCUGUAGUCAAUGCUUCUGUCCUAAAAUGGAAAUACCAGUUAUGUAGCUAACAUGCGUAGUAAAAAUAGUAAUUUGACAGCACCAGUGAUAAAAGUAAAAAUAUUCCCAGUCUGUCUGGACCUCUGAGAACUUAAUGCGCCCACAUUACUGUUGUUUUCUCAUGCCAUGUUACUCAAUCAAUGCCCGGGGCAUAAAGUUCCUCUAAGGACCUCCACAUUGGUAGAAGAGGGCAUGGACUGAGAGAUUCCAUUUGAGAUUAUUUCUAUGUAUGGCGAUUGAUUGUGAAAUGUGUCCAGAAACAAUGAUAGAUGGAGGUGUUUGCUGCAUUUUCCUGAGUUCUCCUCCCCCUCCCUCUAGCAUGCUGUUCUUUAGCAGCACUCAGGACGUAACCAGGAGAUGUGUUGAAAGCCAGCAGCCUCACAGGGCACUGCAUACUGUAAGCCUACUGUACAUUUGACUGUCCCCCAUUCAUAGUCAAAUGUAUUGCAUCAGUCUUUACUUUGUUGUUUGCUACCUCUUCUCUAGAGCAACAUUGACUACCUUUCUGUGUUUGGCUCAUUAGUUUGUCAGAAUUCAGCAGCCGUCAAGCAGGACUCAGUCAUUUUGUAGACACGACGGGCAGUCAAUGUUGUCUGGGUGUGAGAAAGACAUGGCGAGUAGAUUAAGUGGUUAAUUAGUACGAGUAAAUUAAUCACUAGGAGAUGGACUUUGCAAGUGGAAUUGAGAGAGAAGUUGGACAGAGUGCACUGUGAUUUGUUAGCCUGGAUUCCACAGUUGCACGGCAUGAAGAAGCAUCCUAAAUCUUUGCAUGUAAGCACUAUCAGAGUAAAGUGGGUUCCUGGCUUCCGGUGACUAGGGAGGUUAGGGGAUGAGGAGGUUACAGUUUGUGGAAUAGCCUUGUGGAGGCUCCAGCUAUGAAGGCACUUUGCGCUGGAGAAUAAAGCCAGCCAGUAGCACAUUAUUAAAGUGUAAACACAGUCUCUCCUACGGACAGGCUGGGAAAUGAGAAAUGUGUCCUUGAAUUAGAUGGUUCUAUGAGCCAUGGCUCUAUUCUGAGGAAACACUGUAAUAACUCUUCUUAAACCUCUCUACAUCCCAAAGCCUAAAGAGAGAAAUAGGAUGGAAUGCAACAUCUUUCUUUUCAGGUUUUCAUCCAAUAACGUGACAGCCAGGGCUUCUGUGGCAGGACAUACCAAAGUGGAUGAGUACCCACAAUGCUGAGUCCAAAAAGGCCAAAAAAGGCGAUGUGAUGUGCAGCACGGGGUUGUUAAAGAGACUCCCAGCAGUGAAGGCCUCUGGGAUUAGUGUGCCUGUAAAAUGGGGAAGAAUUUGGAAUGAUGACGGAUGUCUGUGACCUUUGUUUAUGAGCUGGAGACAGCAAAGAUUAAACUUGAGAAAAUGCUUCUUUGAAAUUGAUACUGUCUCAUGUCGGCACAGUUGUGGUAUAGCUCACUGUAAUGAUUUCUUUAUUGGAUGAGGCUGCUUGUAAAUCCUGCCUUUAACUUUUUUUCAUUAGUAUUAGAAGCUUAGUAACUUAUUCAGAAUCAGUGGAAGCGCAUGCAAUGUCGGUAGGGUUGACCUCAGUGAUUAAAGGCCCAGUGCAUUCAAAAUGCAGUUUUUCCAGCUGAUGAAACUAACACUGUAAAAGUGUGAAAACAUUUUAUUAGUGUUAUUUCCUGAUAAUUGCUGGUUGAAAAUACAAUCUACACAGGACUUUCUAAUCAGCAGAUUUGCAUGGGCGGGAAUUUCGUCUUUCCAUGAUGACAUCACCAUGUGGUAAAUUGGUUAAUAGACCAAUAAUAAAGAGUUCUAAACCUGUCUGCCAAUAAUAGUUCGUUUUCAGUUUCCCCCUCUCAGGCCACUCCCAGACAGUCCUAGAGAAAUUAUUGCUGGAGAAAUAGUUUUUUGCUAAAAAGCUAUUUUUGCCCAUUUUAAUUAAAAUCUAUUACAGUAAGGUACUUAAUUGUGACCCAGAAAUUAUUUGAUAUUGAUAUAAAAACAGCUGAAUUGGGCCUUUAAGGAGAGUAUAGUACAGUAAUGAUGUGUGCUGUCAGUGAGUCAUGCUAUCUUUCUCUAAAACAUUCCAAAACAGGAAACAGUCAAGACAGUAGAAUCAGCAUCAAAAUGGUAAUACUUGGAAUCACUGUGUAAUCAUUGUAAUAAUUGGAGACCCACCAAUCUCUAUAUAACUAUAGUGUAUGAUACUCCCGUGUCAUUACACACCAGAGGCACAGGAGUAUCAAACACUAUAGAUUGUGCCCUCUAUACUUGAAUGAAUGUAUGUUUUUCAGAAGUACAAUUGAAAAUUAGUGUAUGACGCUUCCAUAAAACCAUCAGACAGACACAGAAGAGUGUAGUAAAGAGUUGAGUGAAGCCCCCGCCUGCACUCUUUAAAAGUUCUCAUCUGCUUCGUCACUGAUUAUUGAUCUGAAAGGUCUGGGAAGGUGAAAGCUUAGCGAUUGAAACACCACCAAGCCUAUAUUUCACCUUUCCCGUCUUUCCAGAUCCGUGGUCUCGAGCGAGAGGAGGAUGUCAGUGAUACAGUAGUUACCGGUACAUUGACUAUCUGUGAGGUUCUUUUGAUGAAUGCUGCCAUCUAUUGAUCACCAAACAUAAUGGAUUAAAGAGAUGGUUCAGCGUUUACAUUGUUUUCUCAGAUACAGUAUAUCUACCACCACAUCUUAUAUCUAAAAUGUUAAGUUAAAAUAUAUAACAGAUAUAAAAUAUAUAUAAUAACAUCGUUUUUUGAAAUGUCUGUAAAUGUAUAACAUGUUUUCUCUAUGUAAUGUCCCAGGGUCGUUCAAUGCCAACCUGCGUCCCCCAGAAACGUUCUUUAAGGUGAUCUUCUGGCUGGGCUACUUCAACAGCUGCCUGAAUCCCAUCAUCUACCCCUACUACAGCCGAGAGUUCAAACAGGCCUUCAUCCGCAUCCUCAAGUGCCGCUGCCAUCAGAAGAAAAAGCAGAAGGGCUGGAGGGUCUACUACAACCACCGCUCCUCCCACCUGGGCUCCACCAACAACUCCUACUUGAACGGGAGCCAGCAGACCCUGUCCUCUGUCAACCCCAGCCCUCGCUGUGUCAGCAAAGGAUCAGGCUCUCGCCUGGAGUCAGGGUGGGGCCGUGGCUCCCUGUCCCCCUGCCCGUCUCUGCCUGGGAGCCCCUUCACCAGCCAGAUGAGGGCCCUUCCUGGGGCUGUCUGCCAGAGCACCAGCAGAACCAGUAGAGUCAACCUGGUCUCCCCCCUGGCCGGGGAGCCAGUGCAUGCCAAUGGACAGAGUGGGAAUGGAAAGGUGGAGCAUGGCGCAAUCAGGGCAACACCUGAGACAAUGAUG